AUGGCGCCGAUUCCCCCCAUGCACGUCGAUGCCCCAGGAACUCGGCUGCACCGUCUUUACCAUCGCGAUGCAGAACAGGGUCGGAUAGCGGGUAUGCUUGUCGGAUGUCUCCUGGCAGCUAUUUUGGCCCUCGGCAUCAUGUACUUUUGCUUCAACUGCGCCUUCUCACCCAAGAAACAGCUCAAAAAGACAGGCCAACAUGAGCACGCGCAUAAGUCACAUACGCACCACCAUGCACAUCCCCAGAAAAGUUGUCAUGGUGUCCAUGCCCUCCCUGCCCAGGUUCCUCAUACACACAAAUGGAUACAUCACCAUCACAGACGUUCUCAUCAACACCACCAACAAAAACACCAAAAGCCUCGUUCGAAACACCCAGCGAAAAAGAAACGGAAGUCCACGCACCGUAAAACUCGCUCGACCAAACCCCGUGGGACGACUGUAAGAUUCUUGCCGAUGCCACUGAUGGAGGUUCCCAUGGCCCCAGCGGCAGCUGCCGGCGUUGGCAUGGGCAUAGGUAUGGGCAUGGGUAUUCCCGAUGACGACUUCAUCGACUACGGGCCGGCACCUGAGAACCAAGACCUAGGCUUGGAGAUGGGCUGGGGCGUGGACCCCGGAUUCCGGCUGGAGCAAUUUGCGGAUGCCGAUGAUCCCGACGGCGAAGAGGAAAUAACUUGCAAUCAGUGCUGCUAUUCGUUUUGGGAUGCUUUGUGCGGUAUUGAGCCCGCGAGUCGGGAUUUGAGGAGGGAGGUUACGAAUGACGGAUAUCCACCCCUGGAUGAUGAAGAGAUGGCGGCCGACUGA